UAUGGCAUUUUCGUCAAAUUAGACUCAUGAGAGGCUUUAGGGUUUAAGAACGACCUCCAUGACACUGCCAUAACAACUCAUCUCUCACUCUCCCUUUCAUUGUUGAGCUUUUCUGUGUUUUCCACUCUCGAUAUCAUCUCACCAUGUGGGCUCUUCGUAGAGCUUCUACUCCUCUCAGAAAUCAAGGGUAUAGAGUAAGAACUUCAUAUGUCUUUGGAAAACUAGAGGUACCAUAUUUUUGGGAAGGAAAUGUAGCUGGUUUUGGAACCAUCGCUACUUUAUCCGACAGAUACAUUUCUUCUGAGAGAAAUAACCUUGCAACAUGGCCGUCCUCUGGGAUUUAUAUCAGUAGUCAUGGUCUGUCUUCGCAAGCUGGUGCUGAGAACAGUGGAGAGGAAGAUGGGUUUUCAGAACUUGAUGAAACACUUCCAACCACUAGAUCAGAAAUUGUUGACGACGAUGACAAUGUUGUUGAUGAUGGGACUCAAAAUGAACUGGAUUUACUUGAGGGAGAAACUGAACUUGCUGAAAAGAAAUUUACAAAAUGGGUUCCUUCAGAGCUGACCAAAGCCAUUUGGAAUGCUUCAGGUUUAUCUGUCUCCAGUGCACUUGAUAAGUGGGUCAGUGAAGGAAACGAACUAAGUUGGGAUGAUAUCUCUUCGACCAUGAUGAGUCUUCGUAGACGUCGAAUGUUUGGGAAAGCUUUGCAGUUUUCAGAGUGGUUGGAAGCAAGUGGACAGCUCGAAUUUAAUGAAAAUGAUUAUGCUUCUCGCCUUGACUUGAUUGCAAAGGUACAAGGUCUCCAUAAGGCAGAGAGUUACAUUGCUAAAAUCCCAAAGUCCUUCCAGGGGGAGGUGAUGUACCGAACUCUUUUAGCUAACUAUGUGGCUGCCAACAAUGUAAACAAAGCGGAGGAAGUAUUCAACAAAAUGAAGGACCUUGAAUUCCCAAUGACAACAUUUGCUUACAACCAGGUGCUUGUUCUUUACAAGAGGAAUGACAGGAGGAAGAUAGCCGACGUUUUGUUGUUGAUGGAGAAGGAAAAUGUCAAACCUUCUCCGUUUACUUACAAAAUCUUAAUAGAUGCUAAAGGCCUUUCUAAAGACAUAAGUGGGAUGGAACAAGUCGUUGAUACAAUGAAGGCCGAAGGAAUUGAACUUGAUGUUUUUGCACUUUGCCUAUUGGCUAAACACUAUGUUUCCUGUGGGCUUAAAGACAAAGCCAAGGCCACUUUAAAGGAGAUGGAAGAAAUUAACUCGAAAGGUUCUCGAUGGCCAUGCAGACUUUUACUUCCCCUUUAUGGAGAACUCGAAAUGGAAGAUGAAGUGAGGAGGCUCUGGGAGAUCUGUGAGGCAAAUCCUCAUAUUGAAGAAUGUAUGGCUGCCAUUGUUGCUUGGGGAAAGCUGAAGAACAUCCAUGAAGCAGAGAAAAUUUUUGAUAAGGUUGUUAAAACAUGGCCGAAGAAGAAGAUAUCCACAAAACAUUAUUGUACCAUGAUAAAGGUUUAUGGAGACUGUAAGAUGCUGACAAAGGGCAAGGAACUGGUGAAUCAGAUGGCGGAAAGCGGUUACAGCAUCGAUCCGUUGGCAUGGGAUGCAGUUGUGAAGCUCUAUGUGGAAGCAGGGGAGGUAGAAAAGGCAGACACUUUCUUGGUUAAGGCUGUUAAAAAAUACGAGAUGAGGCCAUUGUAUUGCUCAUACAGGACUCUCAUGAAUCACUACGCAAGGAGGGGUGAUGUUCACAAUGCAGAGAAAAUCUUUUAUAAGAUGAGACAAUCGGGUUACGGUCCUUGGUUCAACCAAUUUGAAACUCUAAUACAGGCAUAUGUUAACUCCAAGACUCCGGCAUAUGGUAUGAGAGAGAGAAUGAUGGCAGAUAAGCUUUUUCCAAACAAAGCUUUGGCCGGAAAAUUAGCUCAAGUUGAUUCUUUUAGGAAGACGGCAUUGCCAGAUUUGCUUGACUGAGAAAUAUAACCUGUUUCAUUUUGAAUGUAUUAACACCCCAGAUUUUCAAAUUUAUGUUACAAAUCAGGUAUUUGUUCAUUGAUCUGGUGGUUGCGAUUUGUUAGAUGAAAGUAUAUGGCUCUUAUAUUAUUGAAAGUGGACUAAGUUGGGUUGUGGUAUAUAAUUUUAUAUGUUAUCUGUCGAUUUUUGUUA